AUGUGCGAAGAUAACCAGACUGAAAUUACAGAAUUCAUACUUGUAGGAUUUCAAGGAUUUUAUAAUAUUAAAAUUACAUUAUUCAUACUGAUUCUGAUAAUCUACAUUGUGAUAAUAAUAUCGAAUCUGCUCAUACUUGUCUUGGUAACAAUCAGUGACAAUCUCAAGCUUCCGAUGUUCUUUUUUCUAAAACACUUGGCCUUAGCUGAUGUGAUGGUUCCAACCAGCAUUGUCCCAUUAAUGCUUGAUGUUCUUUUAAAGGAAAAAAGAAGAGUAUCUGUGGCUGACUGUAUCACUCAACUACACUUUUCUGGUGUUUCUGGAUUCUCACAAUGUUUUCUUCUCGCUGCGAUGUCAUAUGACCGAUACAUAGCCAUCCUCAAACCAUUACGUUACAGUUUAAUAAUGAAUCCUAAUAUUUGUCUUGCUCUUAUUGCUGGUUCCUGGAUAAUAGUUUUUAUUUUAAUUUCAAGUGGAAUUAUUAUGAUUUUGCAUUUACAGUUUUGUGGUCAGAAUUACAUUAACCAUUUCUACUGUGAUUUUUUCCCUGUCGUAGCAUUGUCUACGUCCAACACCUCCAUCUUGUUAUUACAUGAGUUAUUGACUUCUAUCGUGAUGGUCUUUGUUCCAUUUGUUUUUAUAAUUAUUACUUAUGUUUUUAUUUUCUUUACCAUUAUAAGGAUUCCUUCCGCAAGUGGCCGGAGUAAGUCUUUCUCUACUUGUAGUUCCCACCUCACGUCUGUGUGCACUUUUUAUGUGACUCUUCUUAUAGUUUAUAUGGUCCCACCUGACGAAAACAACAUCAGUAUGAAUAAGUUCAGAUCUUUCUUAUACAUUUUAGUGACUCCACUAUUGAAUCCCAUUAUAUACAACUGGAAAAACAAGGAAAUAAGGAGAGCUAUGAGAAAAUACUUAAUAAUAAUAUUAUAA